AUGUUUGGUUCAGGUGCCGUCCAGUCUACCUGGGGCCAGCCUCAGCAGAAUCAGCAACAACCGCAGCAGCAGCCCUCAGCGUUUGGCCAGCCCUCCGCGUUCGGGUCCGGCGGUGCCUUCGGCUCGACCAGCGCGUUCGGUCAACCACAGAACCAACAGCAGCAGCAGCCUCAGGCGAACCCCAUGUUCGGAGGCCUUGGCGGAAAUAACACGACGGGGACGACCAGUACGGGAUUCGGUGGCGGGGGUGCCUUCGGAGCUAGUAACGCGUCAACAAGCGGGGGUCUGUUCGGUCAGUCCAAACCAGCAACGGGGUUCGGUGCGUUUGGAGGAGGCACUGGAGCGUUCGGGGCUACGACUGGGACGCCGUCGGCGUUUGGGAGCGCGGCUGGUACCGGCGCGUUUGGGCAGCCAACUACCGGGACAACGGGGACAGGCACUGGGAUCUUCGGUCAACCCUCGACAAGCACAGGUGCUUUUGGCGGCGGCGGGGUCUUUGGACAGAAUAAACCAGCGACGGGGGCGUUCGGCGCCACUCCUAGUACGAACACGGACGGUGGUGUUCCAGUAACCACUGGAACGGCAAAUACACCGUUCACUGCGUUCGCGGAGAAGGAUAGCGUCAACCCUGGGACUACCUUGCAAUACCAGAGCAUCACGUCGAUGCCUCAGUACCGCUCGGCGUCAUUCGAAGAAUUGCGAGUCCAAGACUACCAGCAAGGUCGGAAAACAGCAGGAGCCUUCGGGCAGUCGUCGUUCGGUGCGCCUGCUGCCCAGCCCCAGCCUUCCACAGGUCUCUUUGGCCAGCCCGCACCACAACAACCCGCGGCAACCGGAACGACUUUUGGUGGCUUUGGUAACACGAGCACUACCCAACCAGCGUCGACAGGGUUUGGUGCGUUUAGCCAGCCUGCCAACACGGCAGGAACAACGGGGACUAGUACAGGCCUUUUUGGUGCUGGCGGCGCUUUCGGCCAGCAGAAUCCACAGCAGCAGCAGCAGCAACCGUCAACUGGCUUUGGUACAUUCGGACAGCCUGCGAACCAACAGCAGCCACAGGCAGGCGGAGGGCUGUUCGGCGCCGGCGGCGCGUUCGGGGCGAACAAUCAGCAGAAGCCCGCCUUCGGCGCGACUGGCACCGGCGCGUUUGGUUCGACGACGGGCACGUUCGGACAACCGCAGCAGCAGCCACAAACCGGUGGUGGUCUGUUCGGUCAAACCCAACCUCAACAGACCGGUACGACUGGCACGUUUGGUGGUUUCGGUCAACAAAACAAGCCUUCGAUCUUCGGAAGCACCAACACAGCUGGCACUGGCACUGGUUUUGGUGCCUUUGGGACGAACACCCAGCAGCAGCAACCGCAGCAGCAACCAAGCCAGCAGCAGCCUGGCGGGCUUUUCGGUGGUGGCGGCGGAGGGUUGUUCGGCCAGAACAACCAGCAGCAACAACAGCAGCAACCUCAACAGGGCGGUGGUCUAUUUGGUGCAUCGACCACUCAGCCACAAACAGGCGGAGGUCUCUUUGGUGGCGGUGGAGGCGGCCUAUUUGGUACCAACCAGCAGCAACAGCAACAGCAGGGAGCCCAACCACAGCAACAGAACACCUUUGGUAACCUGUUUAACAAACCCGCUACAACCACGAACACAGGCAGUGGUUUAUUCGGUGGCGGCGGUGGAUUCGGAACAAAUUUGGGUCAACCCGCCCAGAAUCAGUCUGCGGCGGGAGGUGGUCUCUUCGGCGGCUCCACUCUCGGACAGCAGCCCCAGAAUCAGCAGGCGAAUACUGGGUUCGGAGGCGGCCUAUUCGGUGGCGCGAAGCCAGCACCGACACUGGGCACGUCAACCUCAAUAGGUCAGCAGCAGCCUGGGCUCGGAAACUCGUUGUUCGGCGGCAGCACUCUUGGCGCGUCCAAUGCCACUAUGGGCGUCUCCGUUCUUGGCCAGUCACAAGCACCCUUGACCGCAUCCAUCGCACAACCCAUUGCCUCCAACCUCCCCAUCUUCAGCAUGCUCCCUCCCGGUCCCCGCGCCGUGACACUCGACCAGCAGCCCAAGAAGAAGCCUGGUUAUUUCGUCGACGUUCCCACGCGCGCGCCCGUCCCUCAGCUCCAGCUCCGCUACGCCCCCGCCUCAACCAAGCUUCGCGGCUUCAGCUCAACAUCUACGCUCCCUGGGGCAGGCUCGAGCCAGUUGGGUGGCAGCAGCCUACUCCUGUCCGGCAAACCCAACGCGCUCUCGCUCAGCAAGAGCUCCCCAAACGUACUCAGCCCGGACUCGUUCCUCACCAACGGUGGCGCUAGCCCGACCCUCGGCAGCGGUGGGCGCCAGAGCGUCAAGAAGCUCACGCUCGACAAGAGAGUCGAGCCCGCGGACCUGUUCAGCAAGUCCACCGCAGGAGCGGGCGGCGGGCCUGCGUUCAACGCGAAGCUUAGCAUCGCCGCGCGCGAAUCUGAGGCCGCCGCGGCCCCCCGCGUUGAGUCGCCCACUCCGAAACAGAAGAACCAGAGUAGGUUCGGGGCGAGCGAGACCCCUGCAUCUCCCACGAAGGCCCCCAAGGACCCAUCCGAGCUUCAGGAGGGCGAUUACUGGGUGAAGCCACCGCUGGAGACGCUGAAGUCGCUUGGGCACGACGAGCUCAUGGCGUUCCCCGGACUCAUAGUCGGACGUGUCGGCUAUGGUCAGAUCACGUUCCUCGAGCCGGUCGAUCUCACGGGUCUCCCGCGGCUGUCGAGCCUGCUCGGGGAGGUCGUCCGGUUCGACGACAAGGAGUGCAGCGUUUACCCGGACGCGGACGAGGCAGAGAAGCCCCCGCCCGGGAGCGGGCUGAACGUGAAGGCGAGGCUCGAGCUCGUCAGGUGUUGGGCGCUGGACAAGGCGACACGGGAGCCGAUCAAGGAUGAAAGUCAUCCGAGCGCUGUGAGGCACUUGAAAAGGCUGAAGGGGAUGAAGCAUACAACGUUCGAGGGGUUCGAUAUCCAGGAGGGCAAGUGGACGUUUACCGUCGAUCACUUCUAG